GGAAAGUAAGAGAGUUAAACUUGAUCAACUUCCUGCUGCGAGUCUGGAUGCAGAUGAUCCUCUGGACGAGGAUGAUGAUUCAGAUGAAAAUGAAUCUGAUGAUGAUACGGCUGCUUUAAUGGCAGAAUUAAGUAGAAUAAAAAAAGAACGUGCUGCUGAAAAUGCUCGAAAGGAAGCUGAAAAACGUCAGGAAGAAGAAAGAAUUAGAAUGGAAAAUAUUCUUAGUGGGAAUCCUUUAUUAAAUUAUGCUGCACAAGCCACUAAAACAGAUAUUAAGUUUUUCAUUUCAAUUCAAGUCCAAAUUUAUUAA